GAGUCGGUGGCACGCUGCAGGCAACCAGCUGCAAACAGAGGACCGGGCAGCGGUAGAAGUACUGCAGUCAGUCGGAGGAGCAGGCGGUAGUAGAAGCACUGCAGUCGGACAGAGGACCAGGCAGUAGUGGUAGCAGUAGUAGUCGUAGUAGUAGUAGUAGUAGUAAUAGUACUGCAGUCAUUCAGAGGAGCGGUGGAGCCGAGGACCGCCCCGACAGCUCGCCGUUUUCCGCGCAAGGACCCGAUGGAUUCGGCCCGGUGGAAGACAGGAUCCUGUAGGAGUAGGCGAGACCAUUUGGAUGAUGAUGUCAUAUCGUGGGCAGAGAAAUUCUUCUGAGACAUACAGAAACCCUGAGGACACCUCCCAACAGAUGGCUUGUGGUGGGGCUAUUAUCCCAGGGACAUGUUCUCAGUCCGGGGAUGGAACAAGAGGAAGCUGUUUUUGACCAAGGAAGCACCAGGUGGUGGAGAGAAACCGUAUGAUGUUUUUGUGUCGAUAAACAAUUAGACACUGCGUUUGAAGGCGCUCUUCGAGAGACCGAAAUGAAAAGCAAAUACUACAAUGGUUGCUGAAGACUGACAAAGAGCAGGUCGAUUCAGAGCUUGCUAAUAAACUGGACCUGCACCACACCAGAGAGUGUACCUGCCUCGUGGAUUUAUUGCUUUUACCACCACCACUGACAUUGAAAAUGGACUCAUUAUCUUCAAAUGCUCAGUACCGCGGGUCUGUCUAGGAGAUUAUAGUGUCAUCAAUUUGAGACCCUGUGGAGAAAUGACCAACAUUAAGAUGCAAACACCUGUUGGAAGAGGAUGGAUCAGAGGCAGGUUUACAGAAACUACAGCCAUGGACUGCAGGCGAAAAUGCCCCGUUUGUUAUGUCUUCACGCCUCUCUUUCUUGUCCUCUUCUCCCUGGUUACACCCACACUGUCCAUCCAUAUGGAGUACAUAGAAAGCCACAGCGAGUUUAGCUGUGAGCCCAUCAGACUGAGAAUGUGCCAGGAUCUGCCUUACAACACCACCUUCAUGCCCAAUCUCCUGAAUCACUACGACCAGCAAACAGCCGCACUAGCGAUGGAGCCUUUUCAUCCAAUGGUAAACCUGGUGUGCAGUGAAGACCUGAGGAUGUUCCUGUGCGCCCUGUAUGCUCCGGUGUGCACCGUGUACGGCCGGGUGUCCAUGCCAUGUCGAUCCCUCUGCCUGAAGGCCAAGGAUGAGUGCCACAAACUCAUGGAGGUAUUUGGAAUGGCCUGGCCAGAUGACAUGGAGUGCAGCAGGUUCCCAGACUGUGAUGAGCCCUAUCCACGUCCUGUGGACCUGCUGACAGGCUCUGAACCCACUGACCAGUCGUCCAUGACCGUUCAGAGAGAUUAUGGUUUCUGGUGCCCCCGAGAGCUCAAGGUCGAACCCGAACUGGGCUACACUUUCAUGGGUAGAAAAGACUGUUCUGCCCCAUGCCCCUCAAUGUUCUUCAACCAGCAGGAGCUGACGUUCAUACGAUAUUUCAUCGGAGUGGUCUCCAUUUUGUGUCUGUCUGCAACGCUCUUCACCUUCCUGACAUUUCUCAUUGACGUUACAAGAUUCCGAUACCCUGAGCGGCCAAUCAUCUUCUACGCCGUGUGUUACGUCAUGGUGUCGCUGGUGUUCUUCCUGGGUUUCCUGUUGGAAGACAGGGUCGCAUGCAACGCAGUCAGCCCUGCUCAGUUCAGAGCUUCAACCAUAACACAAGGCUCACACAACAAGGCAUGCACGCUGUUCUUCAUGGUCUUGUAUUUCUUCACCAUGGCCGGCAGCAUCUGGUGGGUCAUCCUGACAAUCACUUGGUUUUUGGCCGCUGUUCCUAAAUGGGGCAGCGAGGCCAUUGAGAAGAAAGCGCUCCUCUUCCACGCCAUUGCCUGGGGCCUCCCAGGGGCCCUGACUGUCACCCUGCUGGCCCUCAAUAAAAUUGAGGGAGAUGGGAUCAGUGGAGUGUGUUUCAUAGGGCUGUACGACAUAGAUGCCCUGCGGUGGUUUGUUCUCGCACCGCUCUGCUUCAACGUGGCGGUUGGCGUCUCCCUGCUUUUAGUGGGCAUUGUUGCUCUGAACCGGGUGCGCAUGGAGAUCCCACUGGAGAAGGAGAACCAGACCAAACUAGUGAAGUUCAUGAUCCGUAUGGGAGUGUUCUCUGUGCUCUACCUGGCCCCCCUGUUUACCGUGAUCGGCUGCUACAUCUAUGAACACAAUUACCGGAGCAUUUGGGAGACAACGUGGAUGGAGGAGAACUGCAGGCGCUAUCACAUCCCCUGCCCAUACAAGGUCAAGCAGACGAGCAGGCCGGCCUUGUUUCUGUUCCUGAUCAAAUACCUGAUGAUGUUGGUGGUGGGGAUUCCUUCUGUUUUCUGGGUGGGCAGUAAGAAGACCUGUUUUGAAUGGGCCAACUUUCUGCAUGGACGGAGGCGCAAAGACAGUGGGGUGAAUGAGUCUCGGCAGGUGCUACAAGAGCAGCCGGACUUUGCCCAGUCUCUGCUGCGGGAACCUAACACCCCCAUCAUAAGGAAGUCCAGAGGGACGUCCACUCAGGGCACCUCCACUCACGCCUCCUCCACCCACUUAGCCGUCCUAGACGACCUUGACGAGCCAGUCAGGACUCACCACGGACACCCCGCCUCUACCAGGAGCAAGGCCAGCAGCGUCCACAGCAAAGCCAGCUACCACGGCAGCCUGCGCCGUGUCCGAGAUGACAGAAGCGAUGCAAAGGUUUACAGAGGUGCGGAGGAGCGCAGUUUCCAUGGCAGCAUGCCACGUCUCGACCACCCUCUCUCCACUCACAGCAGCCUGCAUCAGAUCGACGCCCACUCACGGCACAGCAGCCAGCGAGACGCAGCUGACGCUCCCCCCACACUCAUCACCCAUGGAACCACUUCAAGCGACGGCGGCCGAGCUGCGGAGAAUGAAGGCACCAGCGCCUGACAGCAGUGACCGAUGUGGCGAUGCAGGUGCCGCCUUUUAAAGAAAGAUGUAUCCUCAGCAGAAAGACAGGAUCCUCCUCCGUGCUUUUUUAUGAUGGGGGCUGUGGUGGUGUUAGCUACAUGCCGGCACAGCUCAGUCAUAGAACAUUUUGUGUUUCAGUGGCGUUUCUCAUGGCAUUAUUCAGGGAAAGUUUUAGAAAACAGAAACUGAUGAAAUACAGAGAGGAGGGUCAGUGUACCUGUUAUAUUUAAACUGUUCCCUGCUGGUGGAUUAGAUGAAUGUGCAGGUCGGACACCAGAUUUGAUCUUGGAAGCGGCGUCGCCGAAACACGGUGGCACUAUUCCCGGAUCUUGCAGGACCUAAAUGAAUACUGUUAAUGCGUGAACACUGCCGAGCAUUGCUUUUGUAACAAUCUUAAAUGGCUGGUCCUCCUCCUUCUUGGUGAUGUCUCUCAGAAAAAAACUUGAGACUGGAUUAUUCCCAACAUGUGUUUAUUUGUUCUGGACUGCAUCCCUUAAUGAAUGAUGUUUUAUCUCUGCGUGGCUUCACAGGCCGACGAGUACGGGCCUAGCUUGAACUUGUGGUUUAGUUAAAUAUUUUUAUACUGUGAAAAAUGUCUGGAGGUGCUGAAAGUUUCAAUGUGUCUGUGUGUCUGUGUGUGUGAGUGAGUGAGUGAGUGAGUGAGUGAGUGAGUGAGUGAGUGAGUGAGUGAGUGAGUGAGUGAGUGAGUGAGUGAGUGACGGGGCAUCAGUAAUAUGUUUUAACCUUAUUUCUUCCCUUUAGCUUGAAGCGGGGAGCUGAAAGAUGGACGUGUGUAAACCAGAAUGUAAAAGGGUCGUUUCAAAGUGAGAGAGAUAUAAUAUGGACGUGGUUGUUGUCUGGAAUAAGGACUGUUAAAACACUUACAUCCAACUCAGUCCAAAACUGUGUUAGCACUGACUCUUCUCCAGAGCCUUUCGCUUGGCUAAGAAAGACAAGGCAGCUUUAGAGACAAGACAAACGUUUACUAAUAACACACAGGACGAGAGGUCCACAUCUACAAUGCAUCUCACGUGGCUUUACAAUCUGUGUAUAACCUUACAAUAGGAAAACUGAGAACCAGUAUAUCAGUACAUUGUAAUCUGAAUUCAGGUAUCCAUCACUGCUUUCAAACCUCAUGGCUGCACAGGCAGGACUGUCGUUUAAAAAUGGAAACAGAUAACCGCGCUUCUCUUCUGAAACACUUAAAACAAGGAAGUGCUUUUUAUUUUUCUUGUGUAAAAUUCACCGCUGUGGUUGAUAUCAGCUACUGUACAUGCUCUGUGUUCACAUGUGUUUGUGUCCUUAGCCCGACGAACUCUAAUAUACCCAAAGAGGUGCUUGUGCUUCAUGUUUUCCUCCGAUGUUCCACUUGUUAAGUAAAUGUUACAGGUACUGUACACGUGCAUAGUGUAAAUGUUUUGUUCCCCUGCUGACCUACCUCACCUGUACCCUCAGCCUUCUCUCUACCUGCACGAACACACAUUAAUCGGGUGCUUUUCGGAAAGUAAGUAGUCCUAAACUCAUACAAUCAUUUCAGUGUAAACGGUGGAGCUCAGAAUCUCAACUAGUGCAUAAUCUGACCCAAUCACGUAUCUUAAACUGUCUGUCCCACAGUCGGUGGUUUUUCAGUCUACCUCUUCAGUUGAAGCCCAGCUCACUCUCUGCCUUUCACUGCUGCCUCCGUCCUCUUGUCCGUCCUUGUUCCUCCUGUCCAGCCGCCUGCGUAUCUCUUGUACAUAGACGUCCUGUACUGUGUGAUGACUGAUCUGCCUCACAUCUACCUUCUGCCUCUCAUCCUGUAUGUGCCCACGCUAAUCUUCUUUUGGACCUACAGCAAUUGUCUGUACUCUUGCAAGUCGUGACUGCUCACAAACAUUUACCUCUCAGCUGGACAUGACAACGAGAGAUGCUGUGGUGCAUAUUACAGCAUUAAAUCGGUCUCAUUCAAGUCCCUUCACAGAGAGACAUGGAUUUCUGAUGACAUCUUAUGAGACGAGUUCAGAUUGAAAUGCAGAAACCUGAAAAUAUUUCCUGAUGGUUCAAAAACAUCAUAAUGUUGUGAAUUUGAAGACUUGACUUGUAUUUGCCUUUUAAUUUAUUUGCAGUUUGGAACUGUAAUGACUUAUUGUACAUGCAGUCUAUUAAACUUUUUACAGAUGUCA